AUGGAUCCAUCAAAGUUUGAUCUAGAAAAAGAUGCUCAAAAAGAAGUUCAAAAGUUUAUUAAAAACACGAUUUCUAUGUUCAAUAAAUGUGACAAAAAUAAUUUAUCUUUCGAAAAGAUCUAUGUUAUCGGUGGAUUAGAUAAUGAACUUUAUAAAAAAUUCAAUAGUGAAUUAAAUCGUAUGAAAGAAAAUUAUUCCACAAUCUUGUCUGUAAUUGAUGAAUUAAAUGUUGAUGUUUUACGGAAUUUUCUUAAAACUAUUGAAUAUUCAAAUGUAUUAAUGAAUAUAAAUGAACAUGAUUUAGAUGAAGCACGCGGUUCAGCAUUUAUUUCAGAUUUGACUAUUGUAAUAGAUCGGACAACAACACCACCUACCUUCUUCAUGACACAGUAUUAUGGAACUGAAAAUGAAUUAUGUGGUGGUAUGAGAAAUAUCAAACCACAAUUAAUGUUUACAUAUAAUUUUGAUCUUAAAUGUUGGAACAUAAUUGAUUAUCGAUCAUCAAGUUUCCAAUCAAGUCAUGCAGAUGAAAUGUUAAAUAAAUUCAAUCAUAAUUUUGUAUCGACUGAUAAUUUACAAAAAACGAUAGAUCAAAUUAUGAAUUAUUUAAAAAUUAUCAAACAUUAA